AUGCCGAUUCAACACUCUCCAAAGAGUAACCGAAGCAAACAGCUUAUCAGGCAAUCAUCAUCCGGGGUUACCGUGGCAGAUCAACGUGAAAACAUCAGUUCGCCAUCUGAAGAUACCGCAGACAUCAUGGCUCCCAUUGCGUUCACAACACUCGUACGUAGACGAAAUGAGCUGAAGCAACGUGUGACAACCUUUCUCCAGUGGCUCGAAUCAGUGCGCGAAACUCCAGAUCUAGAUGAAGUUGAGGUAAAAACCGACAGCCUCAAAAAACACAUAGAGGCCCUAUCCGACAUCCAUGAUAAAAUAAUGGAAAGGAUCUCUGAUGAAGAAAGUCCAGCACACCUAGAAGAGGUCAACAAUAUCGAGGCUGGCUUUGAGAGAGGCUUAGCAUUAGCCCGAAAAUUAUUGCGUAAGGCUGCAGAAGCAGAACGAGCAUCAGCAAGUGGUAGCACGCCUUUCCAAAAGCUAGACCACAGUAUGAUGAGCACCUUUGGGCAAAACAAUGGUCCUCAACAACAACAGCUGAGACUGCCAAAGGUAAACUUACCAACAUUCGACGGCAGCAUCGAGGAUUGGGCCGAAUUUAAGGAUAAAUUCGAAACGAUGAUCCAUUACAAUGAGUCAGUCGCUACCGUACACAAACUGCAAUAUUUACUCGCCAAUGUCACCGGUAAAGCGAAGAGAGCCGUAGCAUCUAUGGGAGGAUCAGAACGCAAUUAUGAGGAAGCGUGGAGUCUAUUGAAAAAUAAAUACGACAACCCGAGAAAAAAUAUAUUGAGACACAUAGCACUGUUAAAUUCCAUCCCUAGCCUGCAUCGUGAUACCCCUGAAGCCCUGGAGGAUCUAGUUGACACCAUACGCCAACAUCUCAGUGCCUUGAAGAACCUUGGAGAACCCGUCGAUACUUGGGAUUCCUGGAUCAUUCAUUUGAUAUCAUGCAAGAUCAGUGCCCAGACCUUCCAUCAGUGGGAAACAGAAUUAAAGAAUAAGGAGAUGUGCUCACACAAGUUAUUAUUAGAAUUUCUCGAAGUACGUGGCACCUGCUCAAGUGCAAUUCCACCUCCAAUGGCACCAAUAACCAGAAGUGAACGACCCAGAAACUUAAAGAAUCAGGUUAAACCCAAGGCUCAAGUAUUCGUGACCACUUCCAAACGGAAUUGUGGAAUUUGUUCAGGCGAACACCGGGUGAUGGAUUGUGAAGAGUUCCUCAAAAUGCCAGUCCCCAAACGUGAAAAAACGGCCAGCAAUCUAAGCUUGUGCUUCAACUGUCUGAGUCGUGGACAUGGGGCAAAGGAGUGCCUCAGCACCUUCAAAUGCAAGAGAUGCAACAAAUCUCACCACACACUUCUCCACCAUGACAAGCCGGGUUCAUACAGCUCAUCAGUGACCACUACCCAAGCCUCUACAGCAGCAGCAUCAUCAAAUACAUCAACCCCAACAGCAUGA